AUUAAACCCAUCACUAGAGACUCUUCUAUUGAUCACCAUAAGUUUCAUUCCCAUCAACUAUCCAUAAUCAAGCAUACUCUUUUAGCUAAUCAAAACACAAGAAGAAAAGUCAAAAGCAUCAACAAUAGAAAAGAAAAAAGAAAAAAAUGAACACCUAUGGAUGGGCAGCUAGAGAUUCUUCAGGAAUUCUCUCCCCUUUUCACUUCGAGAGAAGGGCUAAUGACGACAAUGAUAUCACCAUAAAGAUACUCUUUUGUGGGAUUUGCCACUCCGACCUUCAUUUCGCUAAGAAUGAGGCAGGAAUGACUAGCUAUCCAUUUGUCCCAGGGCACGAGAUUGUGGGUGAGGUGACAAAGGUUGGGCACAAUGUCACAAAAUUCAAAAUUGGAGAUAAAGCUGGAGUGGGCUGUAUGGUGGGCUCAUGUGGCUCAUGUGAAAACUGCAAACAGGACUUGGAAGUUUAUUGCCCAGAAAUGAUUUGGACCUUAAAAACCUUUGGUGGAUAUUCUGAAAACAUAGUCAUAGAUGAGCAUUUUGCAGUGUUAAUUCCAAAUAGUUUGCCUUUACAUGGUGCUGCUCCACUUUUGUGUGCUGGGAUUACUGUGUACAGUCCCAUGAUGUACUAUGGACUCUGUAAGCCUGGUCAACAUUUGGGUGUGGUUGGGCUUGGUGGAUUGGGUCAUGUGGCUGUGAAGUUUGCCAAAGCUCUAGGUAUGAAGGUCACAGUAAUAAGCACCUCUCCAAGCAAGAAAAAUGAAGCAGUGGAACGGCUUGGGGUGGAUUCAUUUUUGGUUAGUCAUGACCAAGAGCAAUUGCAGGCUGCCAUGGGCACAAUGGACGGUAUCAUCGACACAGUUUCAGGCCCUCACUCUAUACUGCCAUUGAUUAAUUUGUUGAAGACGAAUGGAAAAUUGGUUGCAGUUGGUGUUCCAACAGAGGCUCCUGAAAUACCAUAUAUUCCUUUAAUUAUGGGAAGGAAACUUAUUGGUGGUAGCGCUGCAGGGGGAAUGAAAGAGACACAGGAGAUGGUUGAUUUUGCUGCAAAGCACAAUAUUAUAGCAGAUAUUGAAGUUAUCCCUAUGGACUAUGUGAACACUGCCAUGGAAAGGCUUGCCAAGGGUGACGUUAAAUAUCGCUUUGUCAUUGAUGUUGCAAACACCUUAAAUUCUUCAUUUUGAGUCCUUGUUGCCACUUCUUAAAUUAGUUAUGCUUCUUAUGUAGUAUAAAUUAUAGUUACACAUUUCUGUUGUCCUUACCCAUGUACUGGAUCUGGC